GGGGUUAGAAUAUGGACUUCCAAAACCCUCGCAUCCGCCUACGAGGAGGAUCCAUGGCGCCGCCGCCGGAGCUGAACCCCGAGAUCGUCGACGAGGUCCUCGUCCGCCUGCCGCGGGACGACCCAGCGGGCUUCAUCCGCGCCUCCGCGGUCUGCAAAUCCUGGCUCGACACCCUCACCGAUCCCGUUUUCCUCCGCCGGUACCGCGACUUGCACGGUACGGCGCCCCUCGUGCUCGGGUUCCUGCACGACCCGGUCGACCGCAGCCUCGCUCGCUUCGUCCCCACCACAGCGUUCCGUCCGGCCGUCGCCGCCGACCACAGCACCUCCGUCGUGCUGGACUGCCGCCAUGGCCGCGCCCUCUUCUACGACUACGGAUCCUCGGAAUUCGUCGUAUGGGACCCCAUCACUGGCCGCGAGCGCCGGAUGCGAGACGACGUGCCCGAUAGCUACACGAACUACACGGUGCUCUGCGCCGCGGGCGCCGGCUGCGACCACAGCGCCUGCAGCGACGGGCCGUUCCUCAUGGCCUCCGCGGGCGUGGAGUGCAGAGACUUGGUGCAGGCGGACGCUUGCGUCUAUUCGUCGGAGACCGGCGUGCGGAGAGGACCAGACGGAAUCUACCUCGAUUUCAACCUGGAGGAAGCAUACGAUGAAAACUGUCCAUACUACCUCCAGAGUGAUCGACCGGGUGUGCUUGUUGGGGGCACGCUCUACUUCGUCUGCAGGUCCAGCGCUCUGCUGCGGUACGACGUUCUGGGUACGCAGGGUCGAGGCUCCCUGUCGGUGAUCAAGCUGCCUCCCGGCAAGUUUCCCGGCAGCAGUACCAUUGUCAUGAGGGCGGAGAACGGCGGGCUCGGAUUGGCGACCUUGCGUCGGGACGUGCUGCAGCUGUGGUCGACUGAGACGGGUCCUGACGGAGAUGUCGAAUGGGUGAAGAUGAACCGCAUCCAGCUCCGGAAGCUGAUGCCUUUGAAUAGCCCAGCACGUUUGAUUGGAUUAAUCGAAGACGCCAAUGUUGUUUUCGUGACCUCAGAUGACCAUGGCAUCUUCACUGUUGACCUCAAGUCAUUGCUGACGAAGAAGGUGUGCGAGAUGGACAAGGUCAAGGAUGUUUUUCCUUACGUCUGCUACUAUACUCCAGCUGCUGGUGCUAGAGGCAUGCUGCUGGCACCUGUGGGUCCUCAGGGAUCUUCGUCAAGCCAUUUAUAAAUCGGAAGAUCCAUCAUCUGGUAGUCCUGAUGCUCCUCCAGGGUUUCCUUUUUGUUAACCAGUUCCACACGUCCAUUAUGUUGCAGCCCCGAUGCUUUCUGGUUUCAGUUCUUUGUUUUCUCACGAGGAAGUUUUAGUGGGAAUGCUACUGUCGGUAUCUUGAAGGGGAGCCUUGGCGCAGUGAUAAAGCUGCUGCCUUAUGACCAUGAGGUCACGGGUUCAAGUCCUGGAAACAGCCUCUUACAGAAAUGUAGGGAAAGGCUGCGUACUAUAGACCCAAAGUGAUCGGACCCUUCCCCGACCCUGCGCAAGCGGGAGCGACAUGCACCGGACUACUGUCGGUUUCUUAGUCAAUUAUUAAAUGUUCCGCCGAAUUUUCUUGAAACUUGAUUGAAAACAAAAGUUCCAGUUUAUCACGAACAAUUUAAACGUUCUGCACAUGAGCCA